AUGGACCUCAAUUCAGUACAAGACCUCAAAGACGUCCUCCGACCCGAUUUCUUCCACGGCUACGCCACAGCCGCAACCCAAAUAGAAGGCGCCUGGAACAAAGACGGCAAAGGCCCCUCAAUCUGGGACACCUUCGGCCACACACCGGGCAAGAUCGCCGACGGCAGCACCGCCGACGACGCCGUCCGCGCCUACGACUUCUACCGCUCAGACAUAGCCCUCAUGAAAACCUACGGCGUAAACGCCUACCGCUUCUCCCUAUCCUGGACACGCAUCAUCCCGCUAGGCGGCCGCAACGACCCUGUAAACGAAACAGGCAUAAAAUUCUACUCCGACCUCAUCGACGAGCUCCUCCGCAACAACAUCACCCCCUUCAUCACCCUCUUCCACUGGGACACCCCACAAGCCCUGGAAGACCGCUAUGGCGGGAUGCUAAACCAGGAAGAGUACACGCCGGACUUUGUGCGCUACGCCCGCGUCUGCUUCGAGCGCUUCGGCGACCGCGUCAAGCACUGGAUUACCUACAACGAGCCGGGUAUCUAUACAACGCUCGGGUAUGCGGAGGGUGUGCAUGCGCCGGGCAGAUCGUCGUUCCGUGAGCGUAGUGAGGAAGGCGACUCGUCGACGGAGCCGUUUGUCGUCGCGCAUACGCAGAUUCUCUCGCAUGCGUAUGCGGUGCGUGCUUACCGUGAGGAAUUCCAGGAGCGGCAGCGGGGCACUAUUGGGAUUACGCUGCAUGGAAAUUGGUCGGAGCCGUGGGAUGAGGAGGAUGAGCGGGAUCGGGAGGCUGCGCAGCGAGCAUUGGAGUUUGAGAUUGGGUGGUUUGCGGAUCCGAUUUAUAAAAGUGGUGAUUAUCCUGCUUCGAUGCGGAAGCAGCUUGGGGAGAGAUUGCCCAGAUUCACGGAGGAGGAGAAGAAGCUUGUGCUUGGGAGCUCGGAGUUUUAUGGCAUGAAUCAUUAUACGACCUUUUUUAUGAAGCAUCGGGAUGCGGAGCCGGAUAUCAAUGACAAUAAGGGGAAUGUGGAGGUGAGGGAUGAGAAUAAGCAUGGGGUUCCUCGUGGCGAGGAGACUGAUACGCAGUGGUUACGGGCUGCGCCGGGGGGAUUCAGGAAGUUGUUGAAUUGGAUUUACCAGCGGUAUCAGAUGCCGAUCUACGUUACGGAGAAUGGGACGACGGCGAAGGGUGAGACGGCUCCUACAGCUGAGGUGCUCAAUGAUGAGUUCCGUAUUCGGUUCUUUGAGGGAUAUGUUGGGAAUGCGUUGGCAAGAGCAGUGAAGGAGGAUGGAGUCGAUGUUCGGUCUUACUUUGCUUGGACGUUGACUGAUAACUGGGAAUGGGCUGCUGGGUAUGCGGACCGGUUUGGCUGCACGUUCAUUGACUAUGAGUCUGAGGAGAAGACUCGGUAUCCCAAGCAGUCGGCGUAUUACUUGGAUAAGCUGUUCAAGCAUUUGAUCAAAGAUGAGUGA